CUAGUCCCAAUAAGCUAUCGUGCUUUAUGUUAUGUGCAGGCUUUUUGGCCUGGCAAUUGCGAAUUUGAUAGGUGGAAUCGCUUGCCGGACAAAGCACAACGAUCUACUGUACACCACAGCAAACAGCGUCCACAGUUUGCAGCUAACGAACACUAGUAAAGUGGUGCUAGUGUUUUACCUAAUUGUUCCUUCUAAUUUUGCUGGAUCAACUCAACCUUCUUACGCGUCACCCGUAGAAGGAUGCAAGUUUCUUGCCUCCACGGCCGACAUGCCCCUUUUUCUUGUAGACAGUACAAUAGAGUAUCACCUGUUGGUCGUCUUCUAGGGAGGCGGCGCUUCUCGGUGCUUGUGCGCGCUCAGGACGACUCCGACCAGCGGAUAAAGCGGACGCUUGAGGGACUAGACGCGCUGCUCGGAAUUGACCCUAACGAUCCUCAAUCCAGCCCAUCUUCGUCGUCGCCGAAGGCCACUACUGCGGUGCGCGAAUCAUCCUCCGCCUCCGUCGAUGCCUCGCGGCCGACGACUACCAACCCGCCGAGCGCCAGCGGCACCACACCCAGCGCCGGCAGCAACGGAGCCAGCAGUAGUAGCGGCGGAAGCGGGGCGCCCGGCGAGGACCAGUUCCUAAAGAUAAUCGAAAAGGCUCGGCAGCUUGCAGAUGCGCAGAACAGCAACAAGCCCGGCAACAUGGAGGUGCAGCAGCAACAGCUGCGGCAGGAGUUCGAAACCCUGCUGCAAGCCAUGAGCAAGGGCAACGACAUCCUCGAUAAAGAGGACCUAAAACGUCUGAAAGAGGCUGCUUUUGGUCCGCAAACCUUCUGGGUCACGGAGACCCAAACCCUGCAGGACCUCGACAAAACCGGCAUCCUCAUUCGCGGCAACCUGCGGGACUCCCGCGAAAAAGUCUUCGCCCACGUUUGCGCCAAGGUUUCGGAGCUCUUCGGCCCUGGCAAGUACGAAGUCAUUUUGAUUGAGGACGAGCAGCAAGCCGGCGAGUCAGAGCCCAUGGGCAAGGCCGCCUCCUUCGGACCCCGCGUCGCCUUCCAAAUCGUUCCCGCCGCCCAAGCGCAGCCCCCACAGCCCUCCGGCUGGCUCCAAUCCAUCGCCCUCGUGCUUUUCCUGCUCUUCCUCGCCUCCAGCCUGCAACUCUCCCUAGUCGCAAACAUCACCAAGCUCCCGCGCGAAACCCUGGAGUACUUUGCCAACUCCGAAAACCUCAACUCCGACGUCCUGCCCCCCGGCCUCGAAAACUGGGACCCCACCUCCUACUUCAUCACCGCCGUCCCCAUCUUCGUGUCCGUGCUGGGCAUCACCAUCGCUCACGAGGUCGGCCACCGCAUCGCAGCUGCCGUCCGCGGAGUCAAGCUGGGCCCCUCCUACUUCAUCCCCAACCUCACGCUGGGCUCCUUUGGUGCCAUCACACCCUUCGCCUCGCUGCUGAAGGGCCGUACGGCGCUGUGGGAUGUGGCGGCGGCGGGUCCGCUUGCCGGCGCGCUGGCGGCGUGUGCGGUGCUGGGUCUGGGUUUGCUGCAGUCCGCUCCCGGGGUGCUGCCGAAGGAGCUGCUGGUGCCGGUGCCCACCACGCUGUUCCAGUCGAGCUUGCUGCUGGGGACGGUGGUGAAGGCGGUACUGGGGGAUCAGCUGGGCUCCGGCAGCGAGGAGGUGCUGAUCAGUCCGCUGGUGAUCGCGGGCUGGGUGGGGCUGGUCACCACGGCGCUCAACGCGCUGCCGGUGGGCUCGCUGGACGGGGGCCGCAUGAUGCAGGCGGCGUACGGGCGACAGGCUCUGGCGCUGUCCUCCUUCUUCACGUACGUGGGUCUGGGUCUGGGGCUGCUGGGCGCCAACGUGUCGCUGCCCUUCGGACUGUACGUCAUCAUCUGCCAGCGCACCGCGGAGAAGUACAUCCAGGUGGGCGGGUGGGAGCUCAACCGCUCCGCUCUCCUCUUUGAGUCCCUCCCUCGGUUCCGUACACUCCAAACACCCGGAGCUUGUUGUCUGGUUUGCAUUCUCAUUUUCAACGCAUUGCAAAUUCUUCUUUCCCCCUGCUCCCCCGGUCCCCACCUAACCAGGACAACGUGAGCCCGGUGAGCGGGUUGAAGCGCGGCGCCACUGCGGUUGCGGUGCUGGCGGCGCUGCUGGUGCUGGUGCCCAUGGCGCCCGAGGUGGCGGCGUCCAUCGGGGUGGGGCAGGGGG